AUUGCUCAUAUCCACUAUGUGAAAUAUUCAAUAAACAAAUUAACAUGCAGUGAUAUUUUUAUUUACAUGUAAAAAGAGGACUUUCAUUGUCCUGAGAAUCUGUGGUAGCCUGCAUAUCUUAUUUCACAAUCAGUUGGUCAUGAACCCUUUUUAGAAGUGGUUUCAUACUGCAGUUAGAGACUUAUUUUUGAAAGGCUGUUUGUCUAUCAAAUUGUAUGUGUCAGUUCAUUUCUAAAUAAUCAUACAAUACAACCUUGGUAAAUUAUGGUGAUUGGUAGUAUAUAUUGAUUACAAUGAUUCUUGUAUUAUGAUUGGUAGGUCAAAUAUGUCAGACGAAUACAUUUUUUAAUAUAGGACCAUUCAAUACUUUCUUCAUAGGCCUACUGACCAAAUAUGUUUUAAAAUCUAGUGACUGCAAGCUAUGCAAAUUACCAUACUUAGAUUCAACUUAUUUCUCAUCUACAUUCUCAAGACUGCGAAGUCGUAUAGCCAGUGUUCAAGUGUCAGUAAUGUACAACGCUUGGAUUGCUAUCCAAGUAUUGAUUCAAAUGAGGGUGGGUGCGUUGCACGAGGGUGCUGUUGGAUACCAAGAAAUGAAAAUGAUGGAUUACCAUAUUGCUACUUCCCUAAAGACUAUCCCACUUACAAUGUAGUAUCGUCAGAGAAAACUAAGCGUGGCUUCAUUGCACAGUUGAACAAACCUAGUUCAAUUUAUGCUUUGGAUGAAAUAAAAAACAUUGCUGUUGAAAUCAGAGAAGAAACGUCAACUCGGCUACGUAUAAGGUUUACUGUACCUUCGCAACCCAAAAGAUGGGAACCGUAUAUCCCACUGGGAAGCGCAAAUGAUAUUCCGGUACCAAACGUUCAGUAUAAAGUUUCUAUGGAGAAUUCACCUUUUGGAUUAAAAAUUAUGCGAAAUAAUAAACAAGAAGAUAUGCUAUUAGACUCAACUGGAUCAUUGGCUGCAUCAUUGAUAUUUUCAGAUCAAUUCCUGCAAAUAUCAUUCCGGAUAAAUGCUCAAACGGGUUUUGGUCCCGGAGAAUUGGAGCAAAAGUAUCCUAAUCCUUUAAAUAUGUGGAUAAGAGCAGGCCUUUGGGGACAUGAUGGGGAACCACAGUCGAAUGCAAAUCUUUAUGGAACACACAAUUUCUUCAUGGGUCUAAAGCAUGAUGGAACUGCAUUCGGUAUCUUCUUUCUGAACAGUAAUGCACAAGAGGUGGCAAUAACACCUCUACCAGCUAUAACAUAUCGCACAAUCGGUGGUAUAUUAGACUUCUUCAUAUUCACUGGACCGAAACCACUGGAUGUACUGAAUCAGUAUUAUGCUCUUGUCGGACAUCCACCGAUCCCUCCAUAUUGGUCAUUGGGAUUUCAUCUUUGUAGAUAUGGUAUGAAGAAUCUGGAUGAGGUGAAGACAGUGCUAAAACGAAACCUAGACGCUGGAAUCCCAAUAGACGCCCAGUGGUUUGACAUUGAUUACAUGGAUGCAUACAAAAUCUGGUCAGUUGAUGAGGGAAGAUUUGGUGGGAUGGGAGAUUUUGUGAGGGAUGUGUUGCACAAGGAGCAUGGCAUGAGGGCUGUGAUAAUUGUAGAUCCAGCAGUCAGCACGAAAGGUGGCAGGGAUUACCUUCCAUACAAGGAGGGCAUGAGGCUAGGCAUCUUCAUCAACGAUAGUCGAACUGGGAAGCCGAUUCUUGGCACUGUUUGGCCGGGUGAGACAGUGUUUCCAGACUUCACUCAUCCCGCUGCUGUAGAUUGGUGGCACAAGUCUGCAGCUGAUUUUCAUGAAGUGGUCAACUUUGAUGGUUUGUGGAUAGAUAUGAAUGAGCCUGCUAAUUUCAACGGUGGGUCACUCACUGGUUGUCCCUUAUGGAAUAAACUGGACAAUCCUCCGUAUGUCCCUCGAAUCCUGCAAAACUCUUUAUAUGACAAAACAAUAUGCCCAUCAGCUUUACACUACAACACAACUCACUACAAUCUGCAUAACAUGUAUGGUUAUGAUGAAGCACGAGUAACGCACAAUGUGUUGACGCAGUUAUUUCCUGACAAACGACCUUUCAUUCUGACUCGUUCAAGUUUCGCCGGAUCCGGACUGUAUGCAGCUCACUGGACAGGAGAUGUGGUGUCUACUUGGGAUAGUUUGAAGGCAUCUGUCCCACAAAUAAUCAAUUUCAACAUGUUUGCUAUCCCAAUGGUUGGUGCCGAUAUAUGUGGAUUUGUGGGGAACACUACUGAGGAAUUAUGCGUUCGAUGGAGCCAGCUAGGUGCCUUCUAUCCGUUUUCUCGAAACCAUAAUGAAGAUGAUGCGAAAAAUCAGGAUCCAGCCUACUGGAGUGAAGAAGCAACGAAGGCGAUAAAGCAAGCCUUACAAUUAAGAUAUUACAUACUUCCCUACAUAUAUACUCUGUUCUACCGAUCAUACUUGAACGGAACAACUGUGGCGCGUGCACUAGCCUUUGAAUUCCCUGAAGACUUAGCUACACAUAAAAUCAAUGCACAAUUCAUGCUGGGGUCAUGUAUCCUAGUCACUCCAGUGCUUGAUGAAGGACGUACCGGUGUGGAGGGCUAUGUUCCACAAGGAGAAUGGAUCAAUCUGUCAACUGGCAAACGGUAUGUCAGUAGAGGUGACUGGGUCUAUUUUGAAGCUCCAUUGAAUGUUAUUCCGAUUUCAGUUCGAUGUGGUUGUAUCAUUCCCAUCCAAAUAGCAGCUCAAGCAACAGAUAUUGCUCGGAAAAAAGGCUUGGUUUACUGGUGUUUUUGUCUUCAGUCGAUGAUGGCAGUAAUGGUGCUGGUAGAAGAAUCACAGCAUCCGGUGAAUUAUUUUGGGAUAAUGGAGAUGAUGCUAAAUUGAACUAUGUGCAUGUGAGUUUUGAAGUGUAUAACCGCAUAUUGUCAGUGAUACCGACAUUUUCAAGUCCUGAAAGCUUACAGAAGAUUGAUUUGAUGGAACUUGAUUUGAAAAUGAUUUUAAUUGCUGGUUUAAGUAAGAAACCAAAAAGUAUUUUUAUAAAUGAUAAAUCAGUAAACUUCACUUAUAUUGAGGACUUGCAAAGUGUUCAUUUAGCUAACAAAAUACUUACAACAUUAAAGGACAAUUUCAAAGUGAAAUGGAAUUUUUAACUUCAUAUUUCUUCAUUUAUUUCGACCUACACUUAAUCAUUCAGUUAAGAAAUAUCAGCUUUUGUGUACAUCCUUUUAAUCAAAAGCAUAUUUAGUAUCAUCAUUGUAUUCCAUUAAACUUUAUAAUUCACUCUAAUUUGUCUGCCUUCUUGUUCUAAUUUGUCUUGAUUUUUCAAUGAUACUUACUUUCACUAUUUUUUUUUUACCUAACUACAGUUACAUUUGUGUUUAUUUGUUUACUGAAUUCACUUAGUGUCUUGAAAUAAAACAUUUUUGAACAAUAAAGCAAACUAAUUGUUAUGUUUUC